GCGUAAGGCAUGAUGGAUCUUUUUGAAAUCCUCCCUGGAUCAAAUUGUCUUGCUUUUAGCAAUUUAUCGCAUGUUUUACUACAGCGCCGACUUGAGGGUCAAAUCUCUGGUUGCCAUCUAUUGUUACUCCCAGACCGGUGGCAGUGGAUUUCAAAUAUGGAGUCAAAGAUCCAAGAGUCAUAAGAGCUGCUUCGCCCACCGGCGCUCCCUCUAAGUAUCAUCAUCAUCAUCAUCAUCAUCAUCACCAUCCCCGCAUCCUCCCACAGCUCCAGUCAUCCUCCGUGGAAACGCUGAUCGGUUCAGCAUGGAGCUGCUGAAUGUUCUGCUUUUUGUGGGAAUCUCCGCCUGCUCGAUCAAAGUUUCUCAGCAAGGGCCGAGCCAGCGCAGACUGUACGGUGAUCUGAUGAGCAGCUACAACCCACUGGAGAGACCAGUUUUCAACGAUUCUCAGAGCCUCACUGUUUACUUUGGCCUCAGCCUCAUGCAGAUCAUGGAUGUGGAUGAGAAGAACCAGGUUCUAACAACCAACAUUUGGCUUCAGCUGUACUGGAAUGACUAUUACCUCCAGUGGAAUCCGCUGGACUAUCCAGGUGUGACCAACGUGAGAUUCCCCGACCAUCUCAUCUGGAAGCCAGACAUCCUGCUCUACAACAGUGCAGAUGAAAGGUUUGAUGCAACAUUUCACACCAACAUUUUGGUCAACUCCUCAGGCGCCUGUUCGUAUCUUCCUCCAGGUAUCUUUAAGAGCACCUGCUACAUUGACGUCCGUUGGUUCCCCUUUGAUGUCCAGAGAUGUGACCUGAAGUUUGGCUCCUGGACGUAUGGAGGCUGGUCCCUAGAUCUAAAGAUGGUGGAGGCAGACAUCACCGGCUACAUCGCCAAUGGAGAAUGGGACCUUGUUGAGGUUCCGGGUCGAAGGAACGAGCGUUUUUACGAAUGCUGCGACGAGCCUUACCCUGACAUAACCUUCACUGUGGUGAUGAGGAGACGGACCCUCUACUACGGCCUCAACUUGCUCAUCCCGUGUGUCUUGAUCUCCACUCUGGCUCUGCUCGUCUUCCUCCUGCCUGCCGACUCCGGGGAAAAGAUCUCACUGGGCAUUACAGUUCUGCUCUCCCUGACUGUCUUUAUGCUGCUAGUUGCAGAGAUUAUGCCUGCCACAUCAGACUCUGUGCCUUUAAUAGCUGAAUACUUUGCCACAACCAUGGUCAUUGUUGGUCUGUCUGUAAUUGCUACUGUUUUGGUGCUGCAGUAUCACCACCAUGACCCUGAUGGAGGAAAGAUGCCUAAAUGGACCCGUGUGAUCCUGCUGAACUGGUGCGCCUGGUUCCUGCGCAUGAAACGCCCCGGCGAGGACCGAGUGCGCUCAGCCUGCCACAACAAGACCCGACGGAGCAGCCUGACCAGCAUGGACCUCAACGCCAGCAGCUCUGUCUCCCAGUCUACCAACGGCCACAUGCUCUACGUGGGCGUCCGCGGCCUGGAGAGCAUCCACUGCUCCACGGCCGCCACCUCCCCUGACUCCGGGGUGCUCUGCGGGCGGCUGAUAGGACGAGCCGGUGAGGACGAGCUGCUCCUCCCAUCGAGUCAGAGCUCCAACCUUGGGUACAUGGAGCUGGAGCUGGCCAAGAUCCUAGAUGAGGUGCGUUACAUUGCCAAACGAUUCCGUGACCAAGACGAGGACGAGACUGUGUGCAACGAGUGGAAGUUUGCCGCAUCUGUCAUCGACAGGCUUUGCCUCAUGGCCUUCUCCGUCUUCACGAUCCUCUGCACCAUCGGGAUACUCAUGUCGGCACCCAAUUUUGUAGAAGCCAUUUCCAAAGACUUUUUCACAUGAGUCUAUUGAUGUAAAAAAAAAAGAAGAAAAAAGUAAGUGAAUAAGCUGGCCCCAGUAAUAAAGUGAUGAUUCUCCUCUGGCAUUUAUGUGACACCGCCCCACACUUUGAAGGAAUUAAUCUCUACUAUCCUUUUGUACUGUCAGAUAAGAAAUCUAAUCAGUAUCAUCAGUGUUAUUUGCAAAGAAUGCAACUUUGGUUUUUGGUGUGACUUCUGCAUUGCAAUAUGCAGUUCUGUUCAAAGUAAUAGCAGUCCAACACUGGCAUUACAUGUCAAAUAAUCUACUGGCAUGUGUAGAAGAGUAAUAGAAAACCAAUAGACCAAACAGAUAUGACCUGCAUGCUGCUGAUUCUGUGUAACCAAUCGAUCAUUGAAAGGUGGUGUUCAAUCAGUGAGGUCAUUCAGGUGUCAAAGAUCUGGCCCUCAUCAAAGAAAGAAGGCCCCGAGUUUUGUAAAUGAUGUAACAGUGCAUUUCUCUUUUUAAGGAAGUUGACUGAAGAAGGGCAGAAUAAAAAGAAAUGCAGAAAGCAAUAGGCUGCUCUGCUCAGGUGAUCUCAAAUAAUUGAACAAUGACUACUAAUACCAGAAAGACGUUAAAGACAAUGGAAAACUGUAGUUGCAGUGGUUUGAAGAAUAGCCAACGUGGCAAAGAUUCAGCCAAUGUUCAGCUCACAGGGUCUACAGUUCCUGUGUGGGGGCUGUGAUAAUCAGGAGACACCCCCGCACGGCCAAGCUAUUGGCAAGAAGCUAAAGAAAAAUGUUGCAACAUUUUCAAGAACAGAUGAAACACACACACACCACAUAUCCUGGAUCAGUUUGAAUACAUCAGCAUACCUGAAGAGGUCAUGCUGGCUUCUGCCAAGGAGGAAGUGCCCUUGAAACAGAUGAUUCAACAACACAGUGACCCCAAACACACCACAGGGCAGCUUUUUGGUUCCAGACCAACAAGAUUAGUGUUACGUAAUGGCCAACCUCAUGUUUGGACCUUAAUAACACAGCAAACCUGUAGGGUGACAUCAUUCAUGCUGUUUCUGAAGCAAAAACUAAGAUAUGCGGAGGAAUUAUAGAACAUGGAGAAAUAAAUCCUGGGUUGAAGUACCUGGUCCCAGGCGCUGGACUCCAUUAACACGGAGGUGAAGCAGUUCUCAGAAACGACCACUGAAGAGUUCAGUAUUAGGUCAGUAAUUCAGAGGAAAGCUUAAUCUUCAAUCAUGUUCAAUUUAUUUACUAUAUAUUUAAGUGGGUAAAAAAACAAAACAAUGCAGGCCCUGCUGUUUUUUGGAACAGGGGUUCCCAAACUUUUCAGCCUGCGACCCCCAAAAUAACAGUGCCACAGACUGGUGACCCCCUUUUGAUGAGUGGGAGAUUUUUUAAGUUUUUUUUUUUUUUUUUUUUUGAGGGGGUGUAAGUAUAAGGUUUAAGUAUAUUAUAAGGGUUAAGCUAUUGUACUUUAACCUGACAACAGCCAGCUGCAUGUCUCGCUCCGCCUAGCUCCACUCACAUAUGUAUGUGAGUGAAGCUAGGCGGAGCGAUACAUGCAUCUGGCUGUUGUCAGGUUAAUUGUACUUACCCUUAAGUAUGGGCGGUGAUCAUAAGAAUAAAGUCAUAAGAUUUAGAAAAUACACUUUUAAAAUUAUGAAUAAAGUAGUGCUUUUAUAAGACCUCUACCAAAAAAAAGUUCAGCCUUCCACCAGUAUUAAGAGGAGGAAUGUUGAGCAUCUUGCAAAGUUAUACUUUGGUGCCGGAUGCACAUCAGCGUCAAAUCCUCUCGUGAGCCCCCAGGGGGUCCAGACCCCCGCUUUGGGAACCCCUGCUCUAAGACAAUGCAAUAUUAUUUUUCCUUACUUUCUACUGAUUAAAAAUAAUAAUUAAAACAAUUAUAUGUUUUUCUUUAUGCUGUGAUUUGACGUUGAAUGUUUAGUAUUCCCAAUGCAUUAUUGUGUGAGGAAAUAAAAGCUGUUAAAGGAAUGUUAAGCUCUUUGCUCACUUUUUUAACACACUGCUAUUAUUUUGAACACAACUGUACAUAAUAUAUCCCAUAUCUAAAGAGAAAGGCUAAUGUAUCACAUCGAUACUCAUAGCUGAAGAAAAAUAAUUGUGAUGUUUGCUUUCUGUAAACAUAUAGAAAUAUAGUCUAUUUUUAAUUGUUCGUUGAACCUUAUUUUACUUUAGGACUUUGUUUGACAUCAGAGUAACUGACUUAGUUUUUAUCUCUGUAUGUUUCAGUGUUUGCUCUUGUUCACUGAAAAGUUUAAUAAUAAAUGUGAUCUUUUUGCUUGAAA